AUGGCAUCUAUAUUUUACAGCUAUACUCCUAAAGAUGUUCGAUCUCUUGCUUAUGAGUGUGCUCUUCAAUACAAAAUCAAAAUACCAGGUUCUUGGACAGUAAAUAAGAUGGCUCGUAAAGAAUGGAUGACUAGUUUUUUAAAAAGAAAUCCUCAAUUAUCUAUAAGGAAACCUGAAGCAACUAGCCUUGGUAGGGCGACAUCAUUAAACGCUGCAAAUGUAAAAGUAUUUUUUGAUAAGCUAGGUGAAGUUAUGGAUAUAUACAAAUUCAGUGCUUCACAAAUAUGGAAUGUUGACGAAACUAGUGUAUCUACAGUUGUAAAACCUAGUAAAAUUGUGGCUGCAAAGGGCAAGAGAAAUGUUGGUGCUAUGACAUCUGGGGAAAGAGGCACUAAUGUCACAAUGGUAACCGCUGUAUCUGGCUCAGGAAAUACAGUACCUCCAAUGUAUGUGUUCUCUUGCAAAAAUUACAAAGAUUAUUUUAUUAAUAAUGGUCCACCGGACUGUAUUGGGGUAGGUAAUGGAAGUGGCUGGGUUACAGAUAUUGAAUUUAAAAAUUUUAUGCAGCAUUUGAUUAGGCAUGUGAAGCCUUCAAAUGAAUACAAAAUUCUGUUAAUUUUGGACAAUCACUCUUCUCACUUGCAUUUUGAAACACUAAACUUAGCAAAGGAGAAUGGAAUAUGUUUUCAAAAAACUAUUGUAUACCCGUACAAUGCAACCAUUUUUGCUGAUGAUUUUUUACCAUCAUUUGUCACAGAUCAUAUAGAACCAGCAAAUCUUGUUUCUGAGCUAUCACACGUAGCUCAUUCUGAAGUAUGUUUAACAUCAUCUUCAGGUCAAUCUGUCAAAACUAGUAUUAAUAAAGAGACAAUGUUACUUAUUUCUGAAACUCCUAAAGCAUUUUCUCCAGAAACAGUGCGACCUUACCAAAAAGCAGCACCAAGAAAGAUACAUUUGACAAGAUGA